AUGAAGGCGGAGGCUUCGUCCUCUAAAGCGUCGGUGCAGGCUAUAGAGCAGUUAGGCAAGGUAGUUGAGCAGGUGACCGCCCAGACUACGGCACAGGUGGAACAGUUUGGUAAGAUUCUGGAACAGGUAGCAGCGAAAUCUACAGCGCAGGAGUUGGUCAAAACGGAAGUGAUGCCGCAAAUGUAUGCAAUGGCACCUGGUAGGAAAGGGGAUCGGAACGCUGCCCCGAGAUACCCCCGGCCAUACUACGGGCAAGGCCCCCGGGCGUGCUGGGUCUGUGGGGAAGUGGGGCAUUUUGCCAGGGAUUGCCCAGAUGCCGGGUGGGAAGAACAGGGAUCUCGGAAUGGAUAUGGAAAGGCUGGCCGUGUGAGACCGUGGGGAGGAAGGGAUGACAGAACGGACCUGCAGGACAGGGAUGGUGUCAGAAGAAGGGUUCAGCAGAAUCAAGGGGGGCGAAAAGGAGGAUGGAGGCCGGUGAGCAAUCCAGUGCAGGGAUUCGUAGGAGGGAUGAGCCCGGGGUCGGAGGAGGACCGGGGGGAGGAUUCCCCAAACCAGUACUGA